AUGGCAGGUCUGAUACUGCUCCUGGUUGCACCAGUGUUGCUGGUCACUGGAUAUCCACCGAUGGCAAUGGCAAGUUGUGUGGAAACAGACGGAGGGUUCGUGGCCUUCACUGCAGCUCUACGACAUACAAGUGACAGGCCUGAUGGCUUUAAAUCUAUCGGACCCUACGGCAUUGACACCACAAUCAUUUAUGACAAUGUGAUCACCAAUAUUGGAGGUGCCUAUAAUUCAGCAACAGGUAUCUUCACUGCUCCAGUGAAAGGAGUCUACUUCUUUACCUUCACGUCCUACAGUUGGGUGAAGGAGAAAGACAUCGGUGUCCAGCUGAUGAAGAACUCUGAAGAAGUGUUGAUGGUUUGGGAAUGGCAGGACGCAGGUGAUAAUGAGGACUAUGCCUCCAACUCAGUGGUUCUGCAGCUGAAGGUUGGAGACGGGGUGUACAUGAGACUCCCCAAAACAUUCUACAUUGCAGCAAACAAGUUUCACAAUGUUAACACCUUCACAGGUUAUCUGCUUCGUCAGAUGUGA